AUGAGUUCUACAAACCUGUUUGUACAUGAGGAUGGCCGGCCCUUACUUGCGGUGAUAUCAGAGAAUAUCGACAAUGCGUCUCAGUACGCCCAUAAAUUUACAAAUUAUGGCGGAAACAGCAUUCUCGCGAAAACUUUUGAGUCGUAUCACUCUGAAGACAUCAGAAUUGGACGGGUUCGUAAGUCAGAUCUUCAAAAACGAGAUUCGUUGCCGCUCUCCCAGACACGCCCAAUUGUGAGUGAACUUUGGAUUGAUCAAUGUAUCGAACAAGGGAAACUUCUUAGUAUCUCCUCGUUCGUUAAUACACCUUUUCCACAAGCUCCCAAUUCACCUGGUUCUAAACAUUCCACUCAAAAACGGGUUCCAUUUUCGUUUGAAGAUCAACGAAUUCUUGUCCAUUUCAUUCACCGAAAAGGCGUUCAGAGUAACGGAAAUAAAGUGUAUCAAGAACUCGAGGAAAAGUACCCACAGCACACCUACCACUCUUGGCGUCAGCACUAUCUAAAACAACUAAAACCAUAUCUACCUGAACCCGUAUUACCUCCCAUCCCCAUCACGAAUGAAGCGCCUGCAGCCGGUGGACCCUCCGAGCAAGUGAGCAAUGAGCAGCAACAGAAUCCUAGACCUUUCUUACGAUCCGAAAUCGAGUCUCUGGUUCCAGCCAACAGGGCUAUCUCUAGCCAGUUUUCGGAAACGAUCAAUGAAGUGGAUGAGCUCGCUCCUCUUAUUGUGCAAUUCGGUACAACAAAAAACCUUAAUGAUCUCUGUACCCUUAUCACUUUACGGUAUCCACGCUACUCGGCAGAAGAAUGGAAGCAGAAACUGUUGUCAGCAUUCCCAUCACUUAACCAGGAUCAGGAUAUGCCGGCCUUUGGUUCCCCUUCGUCGCCCAUGGUUUCACAAACCAGUCAGGCGAACGAUGAAAUGAUUGAUCUUGAUGAUGCAGUCAUUGAAACUGUUGUUUUUCAAGAAAAUUUGCGUAAGCCGGGGAUUAACUAUUUGACGAACACAACAUAUUCUCCAAAGAACGUAGAGAAACAUGCUAGUCCGGCUGUCGCUACAAAUCAAAAUGGAAAUGUCCCGGAUUCAACGUCCACGCGGCAACGACCGGAGGCAGAAAACGUGACUAAUGAAACGACCACCCCUCAAAAGAGAGCGGCUCCACUUGAAGAAACGAGUUUACAGGCUCCAACAAGUGAACGUAAGCUCUCGCCUGAACACAAACAGACGACGCCAGGACAAUCACAAAGUGCACCAUUGCCCGAGUUGCCGCUCAUACCAGGGUCCUCAUCGGAAGAAAGUUCAGCAUCGUCGCUGCCAUCCUUGACACGACCUUCUCCUCUUCGAAAAGCAACUACGGCGGCACAAAAGGCGGUAGCUCUCGCUGCCGAACAUGUCAAAGAGGGGUUUUUGCAACCGGAUGAGGAGUUGGAUAUACCACCGCUCGAAAGUGAUGAUGAGUUUGCCGCUGCUGUGCGUCCACCAAGUAAAUCAACCGAAGAAUCAGACUUACCGCAUAUCUCCCAAAGUUCUGAAGUUGCUUCAGAGCGUCUGCCUAAUGUACCGAACACCGAAACACCUUCGGUUGAGACUGCACCGGAAGCAUCUGUAUCUUCACAAGGUGCAUCCGUUUCGGAAGAGAAUAGCUCUUUAUCUGAAACACGUAUUGAAAAGACCCCCGAACCUCGUCGGCUAUCGAAAGAGCCUACCAUUCGAAACAUUUUGGCUUCCGUUUCCAUCACUCCCAGAAAACAGGUCGUGGAGACAUCAUCGUCGCAAACAUCAUCAUCCGUUGCGGAGCCCAAUACUAUUGCUUUGUAUGAGGCAGUCUCGGAUAUUCCGGUGAGUGUCGCAGCAGCAUCGACGCAGCCGGCGCCAUUAGAACCAGUUCCUGCACUCUCUGAAGGCUCCAAUACUGCUUCAUCAGCUCCUCUUGUUCAUCCAGACUCGUUACCAUCACUGUGUGGCAGUGUGUCAGAUUCGUCGAAUGUUGUCACAGAGUUUAUGCCUGAUUCUACAGACGCAGUGCUUGAUGAUCUUCUUGAGUAUGUUGGUGCUACAGAGGAGGACUUACUUCGUGCGUUAGAAGAAACUGGACGGAGUGUACGAAAAGCUGUCACCGUACUGCUGUGGAAAAAGGCGAAGCGGGAAAGGUCCAAUGAAUUAAUGACGGGAAACAAGUAGCAAUGUUUAGUGCGCUUUAAUUUUCUAUUUUUCUUCUUAUGAGUUAUCAUAUAUUUUUAUUUUAUUCCAAUCAUCAAACAUGAACAAG